AAGAAGAAGAAAGCGGGCGGGUUACGUCGACUGAGCAAUCUCCGAGGCAGAUCUGUGGCCCCGAUAGACCGAGCAACCGAUAAGCUUCGCGGCGAAGAGGAAGCGCCGCACGCGGCAGUGGCUCCAUGAGAAGAAUGGCGGCGAGGGUCUUUGUGUACGGCACGCUGAAGCGCGGCGAGCCCAACCACUAUUGGCUGACGAAAAAGGAGAACGGGCAGUCCCGGUUCCUCGGCAAAGGCACCACAGAGGUGCGCUUUCCCCUGGUGGUGGGCACCCGGUACAACAUUCCAUUCCUGCUGGCCAGGCCCGGCCAGGGGAAGCACAUACAAGGCGAGAUCUACGAGGUGGACCAGGCCAUGUUCGGCAAACUGGACGAGCUGGAGGAUUACCCCAACUACUAUGACCGCGAGGAACAGCCGAUCCGGACCGAGCAGGAUGAGACCGUCCAGUGCUGGCUGUACCUGAUUCGCAACUUCCCGGAGAAGCUGCUGGCCAAGGAGCAGCUCGAGUCGUACCACAACACGCCGGAGCAGCCGUACAGCGAGAACUACUUGGACAGCCAGCCAGAGGACCUCAACACGGACGACGAGUGAGACAAGGACACGAGGAGGCGCUUAUAAAAAAGUAACGUUUAUAAACGGAUUUCAACGCAUGGCUAUUAUUCGUAUUCUAUUACAUUGAUUCCAUACUUCAAAAAAUGCAAAACGAAA